AACAAGAGAUCGCGACGGCAAGAUGGCUGACGUGACUAGGGCUCCACGCACGAAGGACUUUGGAUCUACAUCCAUCCAAUGUCCGAUGUUGUCAUCGACAAACUACACAGUUUGGUCGAUGAGGAUGAAGGUUCUACUACGUGUUCAUGAAGUGUGGGACACAAUCGAACCUGGUUCAGAUGAUCAAAAGAAGAACGAUGUUGCGAUAGCUCUUUUGUUUCAAUCUGUUCCCGAAACAUUGAUUCUCCAGGUGGGAGAACAAACCGCAUCAAAAGAGAUCUGGAACGCCAUCAAGUCGCGACACCUAGGAGCUGAUCGUGUAAGGGAGGCGAGACUUCAGACGUUGAUGGCGGAGUUUGACAGGUUGAAGAUGGAUGAUUCAGAUACGGUCGAUGACUUCGCGGGGAAGAUAUCGGGCCUAUCAUCCAAAGCAACCUCGUUGGGAGAAAACAUAGAAGAAUCCAAGAUGGUCAAGAAGUUCGAGAUGUCAGAUCUAGGUAAGCUAACGUACUACCUUGGCAUAGAGGUGAUUCAAGGAGCAGACGGAAUCAGAAUAAAGCAAGAGAGGUAUGCUCAAGGAAUCCUGUGUGACACAAAGAUGGAAGUGUGUAACACGACUCACGUAGGAGUGUGCAACACGACUCACGGAGGAGUGUGUGACACAAAGGUGGAAGCGUGUGACACAACGCACGUACCAAUGGAGUCAAGGUUCUCAAAGGAUGAAGAUGAACCAGAGAUAAAUCAGUUGGGUGUUGAGCAGAAGGCCGACAUCCUUCCCAGAGCUCAUGUACGCAAGAUGGCGGAUGUGACCAGAGUUAUCAUCGCAGUGAGCUUCAGCCACAAGACUCAUCGCAACUUAAGUGAAGAGGUCAUGAGAAGGUUAUACAAGAACUGGGCCGAUUCUAAGAAGAAGCGGUACGGAAGCAAGGAGAGCAUCCGGUCUAACCUUGAGAAAGAUGUGAAUUCAAUGGGUGGAUUCGCACACCAUGGUGUGGUGGAGGAUGAUUACUUGAUGAUUAAGUUCAAGCAAAUGAGGAGCUUAAUCGGAGUUCAAGAAAUUGAUCUCCCUAAUUCAAGUUGGAAUUAAGGGGGUGAAUGUUGGAUAAUUCCAAGCUUGUGGAAACUUAACAUAUUAUUAGAUGUUUAAUAUGUUAAGAUAAACACAAUAAGGAAACCUAGAAAUAGGAAAAGGAAGUUUCUAUUUAGGUUAGGUUUGUGUUUUCCAUAUCCCACAUGUUAAAGGGAAUUGUCUUUCAUAUAAAUAUAGGUCUAAUGGAGAGGUGUUCCAUAUGAUCUAAGUGAAACAUAUUGAGAGCUUUAGUUU